AAACAUGUUCAAAAAAUGAUAUAGAAAUUAAGAAUGGGUUUCUUUCUGAAUCUGACUUUAUAUAUAAUCUAAAUAAAGUAACACAAUAUAAGUGCAAACCAGGCUAUGUAACUGAAGAUGGUAACACAUCGGGAUCAAUUACCUGCCUCCAAGAUGGAUGGUCAGCUCAACCCUCCUGUGUUAAAUCUUGUGAUAUGCCAGCAUUUGAGAAUGCUAAAACCAAAAGUAACGCCACAUGGUUUAAACUCAAUGACAAGUUGGACUAUGAAUGUAAUGUUGGGUUUGAAAACAGAUUCAAGCGUGCCAAAGGAUCCAUAGUAUGUCAGGACAAUGGAUGGUCACAUAUACCCACAUGUUAUGAAAGGGAAUGCAGGAUUCCCAAAAUGGGAAAAUUCUUAAUGGCUGAUCCCAAGAAAGAUAAAUAUAAAGUUGGAGAUUUGUUGAAAUUUUCCUGCCGAUCAGGACUUACAAGAGUUGGACCAGAUUCAGUACAAUGCUACCAUUUUGGAUGGUCCCCGGAUAUCCCAAUAUGUAAAGAUCAAGUACAGUCAUGUGGUCCACCUCCUCCACUAUUCAAUGGGGAAGUUAAAGAAACAAAGAAAGAAGAAUAUAGACACAAUGUAGUAGUAGAAUAUAAUUGCAAUCCUAGAUUUUUGAUGAAGGGACCUAAUAAAAUUCAAUGUGUUGAUGGAACGUGGACAACCUUGCCAAAAUGUAUUGAGGAGGAGAGAACAUGUGGAGCUAUACCUGAACUUGACCAUGGCUUUGCCCAGCCUUCUGACCCUCCUUAUCACCAUGGGGAUUCAGUGGAGUUCAAUUGUAUAGAAACCUUUACAAUGAUUGGAGACAGAUCAAUUACAUGUAUUAGUGGAAUGUGGACCCAACUUCCUCUGUGUGUUGCAACAGAUCAACUUGAGAAGUGUCAAGCACCAAGACUAACUGCAAAUGAAGCAAAUCAAUCAGAUAAAAAUGAAUAUAAUCAUAAUUUUAACUUCAGUUACCCAUGUAGGGGAAAGUUGGAGCAGAAACAUUCAAUCUGUGUCAAUGGACGAUGGGACCCUGAACCAACCUGCACAAAAGUGGAGAUAAACUUCUGCCCACCUCCACCUCAGAUUCCCAAUGCUGAAGAUAUGAAAACCACAGUGAAAUAUCAGGAUGGAGAAAAAGUAUCUGUUCUUUGCAAAGAAAAUUAUCUGAUUAAGGAAGCAGAAGAAAUUGUGUGCAAAAAUGGAAGAUGGCAGUCAAUACCACGCUGUGUUGAAAAACUUUCAUGUUCUCAACCACCUGACAUAGACCAUGGAAGAAUUAGUCCAUCUAGAUUUUCAGAAGAAAGGAAAGAAGCAAUUGAAUCCAGACAGUAUGCACAUGGCACUAAACUGAAUUAUAGUUGUGAAGAUGGUUUCACAACCUCUGAGGAAGAUGAGAUAACAUGCUACAUGGGCAAAUGGAGUCCUCCACCUCAGUGUGUAGGACUUCCUUGUGAACCUCCACCUUCCAUUCCUAAUGGUGUUGUGUCUCAUGAGUUAGACAGUUACCCAUAUGGACAAGAAGUUAUUUACAAUUGUUCUGAAGAUUUUGGGAUUGAUGGACCUGCAUUUAUAAAAUGUUUAGGAGGAAAAUGGUCGUCCCCGCCAGAAUGCAUAAGAACAGAUUGUUUUAAUUUACCCAACUUUGAUGAUGCCACGCUUUUAGGAGAAAGGAAAGAAUCAUAUAAGUCAGGAGAUCAAGUGACUUACAGAUGUCCAAAAUUUUACCAAGUGGAAGGGUCUAAUACUAUAACAUGUAUUAAUGGCAAAUGGAUAGGAAAGCCAAUGUGCAAAGAUAUUUCCUGUGUGAAUCCACCCAAAGUGGAAAAUGCUAAUAUAAUAUCAAACCAGAUGCUUAAGUAUCCGUCUGGUGAGAGAGUACGUUAUGAAUGUAUCAAACCUUUUGAAAUAUUUGGCGAAGUAGAAGUGAUGUGUCUAAAUGGAACUUGGACAGAGCCACCUCAGUGCAAAGAUUCCACAGGAAAAUGUGGGCCUCCUCCACCUAUUGACAAUGGAGACCUCACUUCAUUCCCAUUACCAGUAUAUCCUAUGGGCUCAUCAGUUGAAUAUCAGUGCCAAUCCUUAUAUCAACUUGAGGGUAGCAAGACAGUAAUAUGUAGAAAUGGAAAGUGGUCAAACCCGCCAAAAUGUUUACAUGCAUGUGUAAUAUCAGAAGAAAUCAUGGAAAGAUAUCACAUAACCUUAAGAUGGAAAGAACAUCAAAAGCUUUAUUCUUCAUCAGGGGACACAGUUGAAUUUGUGUGUAAAUAUGGAUAUUCUCCAUCAACGCGAAAUCAAUCAUUUCGUACAAGGUGUAUUGAUGGUCACCUGGAAUAUCCCGCUUGUAUUAAGAGAUACUCUUAAUUUCAUUAAAAUAUGCACUUAAAUUCAGAA